CGAUUUGUUUCGGUAAUUAAAUAGAAAGUGGAUAAAAUCGGAAGCCUGCAAAUUGUCAGUGACAUCUCGCGAACAUGAUAUAGCAGACGCCUCUAAUUGCUUUUAAUAGGUUUUCUUCGAGAACUCGGGCGUAUCGCGUUGUCACGACGUUUGUCAAGCUUCUCCUGCUGCGGGCAAACGAUUUGUUUGAUAUUAAUGAAAAUAUCUGUUGCUAAUAAUCGAUGCAACGCUAAUUAUGCUUCGACCACUUUGCAACAAGAUUUUAUCAUUUAUUUGUCACGAAAUUGUUUCACUGCGUUGUCACUUGACAAUUUCUUUUGAAUCGUACCUCUUGAUUACUGUCGUCUUACAUCGCCUAUGUCAAAGAAGCAUAUGUUAUGGAUUUAGCAGCUUACGUCCUUGUAGGUUUAUGAAAUGAGUUUGCAUGUUGAAUUUUGAAAAUGACAGCGGGCACAAGCUUGGUAGUACCCAUAGUUUUGUGGGGUCGCAUAGCUCCGACUCACUGUAUUUCCUGCAUCUAUUUGUCUCGAGAUCAGAAAACAUUAGUAACGGGAUGUUAUGACGGCCAGAUAUGUUUGUGGCAGGUGGAUCCUGAAACGUUAAAGAUGAGUCCAAGGUGUUUACUUGUUGGUCAUACUGCUCCAAUAAUGUGUCUGAGUCGAGCAAGUGUGAUUAUGGAACAAAAUUAUAUCGUCAGUAGUAGUGAAAGCGGAGAAAUGUGCACUUGGGAUCUAGUCGAUGGAAAAUGCAGGGAAGCUGUAAAACUCAGCAGUGUUCACACACAGAUGUUGCCUUAUGUCUCUGCUGGUGGAGAAGAUGUUAGAUUAUUCUGUUCGGGAUAUUAUCCUGAAGUUUUAGUAAUGGACCCUUUUAGUUUGGAAGUUUUAUUCACCCUAAGCUCACGUGUUAAUCCUGACUGGAUCAGUGCUUUGCACGUUUUGCGGCCGGCCAAACGGAAAGGUCGGUUCUACGUGCAUACAAACGACGUUGUGCUGGCCUUAACGACGACUGGUACGGUCAAGGUGUGGACUCUUCUUGGACAUGAAAAUCGUAAUAGUGAACCUCUCUACGAACACGAAAGUAAACAGAUACGAUGCCUAAAUGCACUUGCAAUGACUUGUUGCCCGUAUAAUCAAAGAACCGUGUUAAUUGUGUGUUCCAAACAUUGGCAGAUAUACGAUGCUGGUGAUUUCUCCCUUCUAUGUUCCAUUACCUCACCUUGUGGUGAACGUUGGAUGGCCGGAGACUUUUUAGCUGCAGAUAGAGUUAUUCUCUGGAGUGACGAGGGUCAUGGUUAUCUCUAUAAACUACCAGCUAACAAGUUGAAGGGCAAGGCUCUUAGCAGUAGCGUUGCAGACAAUAAGAAUUUUCAUACCGCUGGUGUCGAAUAUGAUCAACCCUAUCUCUAUUGCACUUUGACACAACCUGGAGAUAAACCUCUGUCAUGCCCACCAGCAAUGCGAUUAGUUACAGUUCAGAAACAGACUAAAACAUUGAAAUAUUUGUUACGCGGUGACAGCGAAGGAGUUGUUCUGUGGACAGUUCCAGAAGUAACGACUCAACAAUUGGCACAAAUCUGUCAAAAUGACCGUUCAACCCCACUUUCAUUGCCACCAACGAUAAAAACAAGUAUUGCAAUGGCCUGGGAGGAAAUGAAACCACCGCCAGUUGGAAUAUUGGAUCAGUUAGAUAGCGGAGAUGGGCACGGCAUAAAAUUAACGGCUAGUAUAUAUUUACCGCAACAAAGUCGUUUGGUCGUCGGUCGUGAAGACGGCAGUAUUAUCAUUGUUCCUGCAACACAAACGGUCAUGCUUCAAUUACUUCAUGGCAAUCAUCAACAAUAUGAUGAUUGGCCGCCUCAUCAAGUACUUUUGGGUCACUCUGGUCGCGUGAAUUGCCUUUUAUACCCGCACGGAGCAGCGCCGCGUUAUGAUCGGGCCCACCUCGUUUCUGGAUCUGUUGAUUUCGCCGUGUGUUUAUGGGACCUUUAUGCUGGUACACUCAUUCAUAGAUUCUGCGUGCAUGCAGGUGAAAUUACACAAUUAAUGGUGCCACCUGACAACUGCAGUCCUAGAAUACAAAAAUGUGUUUGCAGCGUUGCGUCAGAUCAUAGCGUUACACUGUUGUCAUUGGCAGAGAGAAAAUGCGUUGUCCUUGCUUCUCGACACUUGUUCCCAGUUGUUACCAUAAAAUGGAGACCAUUGGAUGAUUUCAUGAUAGUUGGAUGUUCGGACGGAGCUGUGUACGUAUGGCAAAUGGAAACUGGUCAUCUAGAUCGCGUACUGCACGGCAUUAUCGCGGAAGAAGUGCUCUAUGCUUGUGAUGAAAAUACAAUAGCUGCGUCUGGUGGAUCAGCCGCUGGUGGUGAAUUAGGUUUAGCCAAUCCUGCUGUACACUUUUUCAGAGGCUUGAGACACAGAAAUUUGUCCGCUAUAAGACAUGCAACCCAAAGAGGAUUGCAUCAACUGCAACAACUUCACGGUGGACAAGGUGUUGAUCAUGGAAAUCAGAUAAAAACAAAAGGCACACCAUUAAUGAUUCAAGGUUUUAGAAGUAAUCCCAAAGAUCCGGAAAGUCAUAUUUUAUUUUUUGACAUAGAAGCGUUAAUAGGUAACGUUUCUUUUGUCUUUCUUGUUGAUACGUUAGACUGUCAAAAUUUUUAUAAAGACAUUUAGAAA